AUGUUGAAACCAACAAGAUUGUUGCUCUUGGGGGCACCAGGGUCCGGCAAGGGCACGAUCUCCAGGAAACUUCUCAAGCGGUUCCCUCAGCUACACUCAAUCUCGUCGGGAGAUGUUCUCAGAUCGCACAUUUCACGAGGGACAAAGAUCGGACGCGAGGCCGAGACGCUUAUCAAAGCAGGGUCGUUGGUCCCUGACUCAACCAUGAUUGGCUUAAUUGCUGAACAGCUCAAGGAGCUUGGCGGUUUGAAUGGAGAAGCCAGCUGGUUGUUGGACGGAUUCCCGAGAACCUUGUCGCAAGCGCAGGGGUUAACGGAGAUUUUGGACGCGAGUGGAGCCGAUUUGAACAUGGUUGUCGAGUUGGACGUUGACCAGGAGAUAAUUCUACAACGGAUCGAUGCAAGAUGGGUCCAUUUACCGAGUGGCAGAAUCUACAGCUUGGACUAUAACCCACCAAAAGUGCCAUUCACGGAUGAUGUAACGGGUGAGAAAUUGGUCAAGAGGGACGAUGAUAACCCUGAAACUUUCAGCAAAAGAUUACUUGUAUACAAUGAGGAAGUUGGACCGUUGCGCGAGUACUACGAGACGUUGGGAACCUGGCACCGAGUCAGUGGCGACUCAAGCGACAUCAUCUACCCGAAAGUUGAACGUCUCUUGUUAAGGGACUGA